AGAGUUGUAGGCUGGGAAAUGGCGGCCGCGGGCUUGGUCGCUGUAGCCACGGCUGCAGAGUACUCUGGCCCAGUAGCGUCGGGAGGUAACCUCUCCGUUGUUAACUGCGGCCCGAACUCCGGGGCAGGCGCUGGUCCUGGCCCGGGCUCAUGGAGCCGCUCCCUCGACCGAGCGCUGGAGGAGGCGGCGGUAACCGGGGUGCUGAGCCUGAGCGGCCGGAAACUGAGGGAGUUUCCCCGGGGAGCGGCCAACCACGACCUGACGGACACCACCCGGGCGGAUCUGUCACGAAAUCGCCUCUCAGAAAUUCCCAUAGAAGCAUGUCACUUCGUUUCUCUUGAGAAUCUCAAUUUAUACCAAAAUUGUAUUCGGUAUAUACCAGAGGCAAUUCUAAACUUGCAAGCUCUAACAUUCUUAAAUAUUAGUCGAAACCAGCUGUCAACAUUGCCAGUACACUUGUGUGAUUUACCAUUGAAAGUCUUAAUUGCUAGUAAUAACAAAUUGGUCUCACUUCCAGAAGAAAUUGGACAUCUCAGACAUUUAACAGAACUUGAUGUGAGCUGCAAUGAAAUUCAAACAAUCCCUUCCCAAAUUGGUAAUUUGGAGGCCUUGCGAGACCUUAAUGUAAGAAGAAAUCACUUAGUACGUUUGCCUGAAGAGCUAGCAGAGUUGCCUUUGAUACGGUUAGACUUUUCCUGCAAUAAAAUUACAACAAUCCCUGUUUGUUAUCGGAAUCUCAGGCACCUACAGAUGAUCACCCUAGAUAAUAAUCCACUACAAUCUCCUCCUGCACAGAUAUGUAUAAAAGGCAAAAUCCACAUAUUUAAAUACCUGAACAUACAGGCUUGUAAGAUUGCUCCAGAUCUACCAGAUUAUGAUAGGAGACCCAUGGGUUUUGGCUCCUGCCACGAAGAACUGUAUUCAGGUCGCCCCUAUGGAGCCCUUGAUUCAGGUUUCAAUAGUGUGGACAGUGGUGAUAAGAGAUGGUCAGGGAAUGAACCUACAGAUGAAUUUUCAGAUCUGCCUCUUCGAGUAGCAGAAAUUACUAAAGAACAAAGAUUACGAAGAGAAAGCCAGUACCAGGAGAAUCGCAGCAGUAUAGUAGUAACAAAUGGUGGAGUGGAACAUGAUCUGGAUCAGAUUGACUAUAUUGACAGCUGUACUGCGGAGGAAGAAGAGGAAGAAGUGAGACCACCCAAGGGCCUGGACUCAGACAGCCUCAGUUCACAGUUUAUGGCAUAUAUUGAACAACGGCGAAUCUCUCAUGAGGGUUCACCAGUAAAGCCAGUACCCAUGAGGGAAUUUCAAAAAACAGAAGACACAAGAAGAUAUUCACAUCAAAACAGGGUUCCAGCUGAGCCAUCUUCUCUCUUAUCACUAUCACCAAGUCAUAAUCAGUUUUCACAUGCAGACUUGGAACUUCAUCGGAGAAGAGAACAAUUAAUAGAACGUACUCGGAGAGAGGCACAACUUGCUGCCCUACAGUAUGAGGAGGAGAAAAUAAGGACCAAGCAGAUUCAAAGAGAUGCUGUCCUGGACUUUGUCAAGCAAAAAGCAUCACAAAGUCUACAAAAACAACACCCCCCCUUAGACGGUGAGUGUCCCUUCCCAUCCAGAAGGUCUCAGCACACUGAUGAUAGUGCCUUGUUAGUGUCGCUGUCAGGUGUGAAUCAAAUGGGCUGUGCUGCUACCCUGCCUCAUUCUUCUGCCUUCAGGCCUCUUAAGAAUGAUCACAGAUCUAAUGCUAUAUCAAGUUCACCUACAACAGAAACAGUUCAUCAUUCCCCUGCAUAUCCUUUUCCUGCUGCUAUUCAGAGAAACCAGGCCCAGCGCCCUGAAAGCUUCCUUUUCAGAGGAGCUGUCAGGGCAGAAACAAAUAAAGGUCAUGCAUCACCCCUUCUUUCAUCUUCUGCACCUACCACUGAUUUUAAAGAUCCGGUAACAAGACAGAAUUCAAGACAGAGAGAAGAAGAGCUGGAAUUAAUAGAUCAACUACGGAAACAUAUUGAGUACCGGUUAAAAGUAUCUCUGCCUUGUGAUCUUGGAGCAGCUCUAACCGAUGGUGUUGUUCUUUGCCAUUUGGCCAAUCAUGUGCGGCCUCGAUCUGUCCCAAGCAUUCACGUUCCCUCACCAGCUGUACCUAAAUUAACAAUGGCAAAAUGCAGACGAAAUGUGGAGAAUUUCCUCGAAGCUUGCAGAAAAAUUGGUGUACCUCAGGAGCAAUUAUGUUUGCCUCUCCACAUUUUAGAAGAGAAAGGUUUGAGCCAGGUUGCGCUGACGGUCCAGGCUCUCCUGGAACUUGCCCCGCCCAAGCAGCAGCAGCACCAGUUAUCUGCUGUGUAAGGACUCCCAGCACCGUGGGUGUUGGCCUGGCCAAAACGAAACAGGACAGCGUGACUGCUGCUGUGAGCCGUCUGCUUAACAAAGCGCUUACGUGUUCUUAAAAGGGACUGUUUCCAUGAUUCCUAACAGGAAUAUUUUGCUUCAUUUCUCCAUUUUAGGGGAGGUUAUAUCCAUUUGCAUUGAAUUGUUUAUGAAGACACGGUUGAUUUUCACAAAUGAAACUUAAUUCUGUCAUUAUUGAGAACCCAACACUGAAGCCUAACCUGGCUGUGCUUUUCUAGAGAGUAGGCUCUUUCACAUACUGAAGACUAUCUUCUCAGAAGGGUAUUUGUCUCUCUUGAAGGCACAGCCAUGCUGUUAUCUUUCCCUGUUUCCAAGCCCUCUGGAAUCCACUAGUUUCUAAACGUGGCUGUUCAUUAGAGUCUCCUGGAGAAUUUGUUAAAGUACAGAUUCUCACUCGGUUGGUCUAGAGUGAGGCCUGGGUAUCUGCAUUUCAACAAACAUACCAGGUGUUUCAUGUAGUGGAAACCAUUGUUCCAAGCUAGAUAAUUUGUAUAAUUUGGGGGGAGUAAUGACUUCACCAUGUUUCUCAGCUCUAUUAUGACUACUUGGACUGUUCUGUCCAAGGUAAAAUAAAAAUAAUGUAGAAGGUCUAGAUUUUGCAUUGUAAAACAAUGAAACAGAUUCUGUUGCAUUUAAGGCCAGUGUCUUAGGCCUCCCCCAGCUCCAGUCCACUACUACUUAGAGGAUGGUUCCAUGUAUCAUCCCACUAUUAUCUAAACAUUAUAAUCAAGCACUACACACAGGGUCCAGAUCUUUAGGCUGGUAGCUUGUGGCACUCUGCAUCCUGUGUGUUGACUUCACUGAGCCCACCCCCUUCUCCCCUGCAAGCUGCUCCCAGGAUACCUGGACCUGCGAACACCUUCCAGUCACAGGAGAUGCACUUCCAGCUCCCCAAAUAACAGAAGAUUAUGAAAAUAAAGGAAAAGCCAAGCUUCUUACAUUUCUUUCAGCUAACUGCCAAUUUCCGUAGCUGAGUUAAAGCACUUGUGGCGUUUUAAAAACAGCUUGCUGUCUUUUCAUCUAGCCAUCUAGCUCCCCCACCAGUGCCUUAUUUACUCAAUUAUGGGUGCAGUAAAAGGGCCCAAGGGCUGAGCACAAAAUCAGGAGCCCUAAUUCAAGUCUAAGCCACUUGGGUCUUUCUUCCCCUAUACUUUGAGACCCUUUUAGUUGUCAGUGAUAUCUUCUGGUAUUCACUGCCUUUGUAAACCAAGUAAAUAGAGUAAGUGAAGAUACUAGUUAUCUAGGUUUUUUCCUGUUGUUAACUGUUCUGGGGUUUCUUUACCAGUACAUGCAUUUAAGAAUAAUGUUCUCUCGUUUUAUCAUGUAGCAGCAUCUAAAAGUAACUCUGGAUAAAAUCAUGUUGAGUAUCUGGCCAAAAUGUUUUCUCCUUGUUGUCACAGGUUUAAACUUAUAUAACACAAAACAUCUGAGCUCAAAGCCCAAUCCUUCAGGGUCCUUACGAAACAAAAGUAAAAUGUGUUUUAAGUGCUUAGAGCCAGACCCCAUUAUAUUUACAGUUCCAAACAGACCCAACAGUCAUAGGACUUGUUUAGAAUUUAGCUGUGUAUA